UCGACUGUCAGCCGCGCGAACCUCCGAACGACUUUCACUACGUAAAGGAACCUUCACAACGAUAUGCUGCGAUAAAAAACCUCAAGUGUUAGUGUUGUGAAAAAUAAUUAAAAAAAAAACUUUUUUCCUGAACACAAUUAUGAUAGUGUCCUAUUAUGCUGCAGCCUAGAUUAUUUGUUAACGGAAGUGUUAGUGUCAAAAUGGGAUUCAAGAACUUUUUCAUGAAGACAAGCUUUUGGACAAUUUUGUGCGCGAUCUUUCUAAGCACCACUCUAGUGACAUGUCAAGAAACAAACGAAAACGAAUACACGGAAGGAUUAAGAAUAAAAAGAGAGGGAGUUCCGGAAAACAGGGCAUUUAAUACGAACGGCAUUGUAUUUGAUAACUCACCAUGGAGACCAGGCCGUGAUUUACCAAUAGAACAUCGUGAAGUUCUAGAAGAUGAAAGGAAAUUAAAGAAUGUAGCCACAAGAAUAAUGUCGAACGGAGUUGAAGUUUUAGUAAGAGACAAAAAUACAGACAAACAAGAUGCGAGAAAAUUUAAAUUUAUUCAUCUCACAUCUAUGAAACCACCGAAAUCUCAUACGAGCACAUUAUCACCAAACAAAUCAUUGUUAAAAUCAACUGUGUCGACUGUUACAAAUCUACCAACGCCAUCUAUGUACCCAAUACAACAACUAAUGCAGCAUAAUUACAUAAUCAAGACAUGUAUGACAACUUACACAUAUCUAACAACGGUAGUACAAAACAAACGAAGUGCCAUCUCAACAUUCGAGACGAUAGUCUCAGUGAUCACAACAGAAUCAUUGACCAACAUGUACGCAGAUUUAUUAGGAGAGUUGAAACCGACAAAACUUAAAUUCAUGGAGAUUAAAACUAUCCAGCCAUCAGCUCCAAGUUCUAUGUUUGUUAGUGCUUAUACGAAAAUAGAUAAAAGAUUCGAUAACCAACAAGAUAAUAUACAUAAUUUUGAUUUGAUACAACCUUCUGAAGUCGGACAACCACUAUGUUCUACUUCUUGCUCUUGUAGUGAUACAAAAACAGAAAGCUUAAAAACAAGAUACACCAGUUCGGUAGAAACCUACAAUACGAAACAGAGUAAUCAUGAUUUUGUCAAAAUGGAUGUUCGACCUACACAGAAGGAAUCAGACAAAAAAACUCAAUAUAAUAAUUAUGGCUCUGAACAUGUUCAUUCAGCACCGACUGAUAAAAUAGUAGAAAAAUAUACAGAAGUUAUUAAUGAUUACUCUGAUGAAAAAGAUACCAAUAUUAUAAAAGAAAGUGAUUUACUCACAAAUGAACAAGCUCCAACACCAGCGAAUAUAGAUAAAAUAUCCAACACAGAACCAGAAAAGAAUAAACCUGAUAAAUCACCAAAACCAAAUAAAAACAACUUUAUUGUAGCUGAUCUUUUAAAACUAGGAUCAUUGAGUAUAAAAGGGUUAUCACAAUUAGCACCAGUAAUAGAAAAAAUGACAGACACGUUUAUGAAAAGACAGGAUACCAAUAAAACUGCAAUUACCACAACAACAACCAACAAACCUGCAAAGAAAAUAACACCUUAUAUAGCUAAUAAAAGAGUUGACAGUGAUAUGGAUUUUAAACAUAACAACUUUCCAAUUUACAUACCCGUUGAUGAAAUGGAAACCUCGGAAUCGCAAAUCGCAUUUUCAAAUGCAACUUUACAUCAAAACUUUGCUUGGGCUGCGGAAUUCAAGCAACCAAAAGUUAAUAAAGCACCACCAAAAAUAAUACAUGAAAGUCCUUUAGUCAAUGGAGGUAUACCAAUUAGUCCGGGUGAAAUAAUUACCGCGAAUUCUGAUGUUAUUGUCGGAAAACCCGCUGUAGGAGGACCAUUCACCUUAGGAUCGAGUGGAAUGAAAUUGCAGAAUCCUGUAAACCCGCCACCAAUUGAUAAUUAUAUGUCAAACAAUGAACCUUAUUUGGUUGCUGCUAAAUUACCUUUGGGCGAAAGUUCAUUAAUGCCAUCAAAAGCUGAUGAUUCAUUUGAUUUGAGGCCUCCUGAACUACCAAAAGUAAGACCGAAUAGAGAACAAAAUAGAUUACCUAAUUCUAAUAUUAAAAAUGUGUAUGCAAAUAAUAAAAAUACCCAGUCAUCUGUAUUCAACCAGCAAAAGAUCUCAGAUCAAAAGAAAGAUUCAGCAAUAGGAAGUCAUGGUUUAUCAACCUUUUUGGAUUACAUUCCAUCCUACACAAAACCCACAAAUAAAUCACCUCUCCAGCAUCAUGUUGAUUUUAGACCUAUUAACAAUGGUAAUAAGAAAGAAGAAAUACUUGAUAAUAAUCCCAGCUCUUCAGAAAUAAUAAGUACAAGUGUUACAACCGAUGGAGAAUAUGCUGUUUCUAUUAGUUCAGAUUCAGUAAACAAACCAUUUUUAGUAGACAUUCAGCCUUCAAGAGUAGCAAAUGUUAUUAUACCUCAUGGAAGUUCAACAGCUCUGGUUUUCGCCGGUUCAUCAGAACCUCAUAAAACUGGAGAAUAUAUCGAUGACCCUCUGCCGUAUCCUGAACCAGGUUACUUUGGUAGUUUUAGUAUAGAUGCACCGCAAAUGACUAAUGUCCAUAAUGUUGUCCCUAAUAAUAACCAGUUUAUGGUGAAACCUGGCAAUCCAUCUUCAGUGCCUUUGGAGCAAUAUACACCGACACAACAAGAGCAUCAGUACAGAAGUGAUUCAAAACUUAAAUGGAAAGAUAAUAAGCGACCUAUCGAUUUUAAUAAGUUGCCACCUCCCGUUAGUACUCAAGAAACACAUCUUCAUGUAGGACCCCAGGUUGUUUAUAAUCCUGAUGCGUAUAAGGCAAAUAAUCAAAAACUUAACCAAAAUAGAGAAAAUGAUAAACCUAAAAGUGGAAAAGAGAUAAUCGACAAAGAGUACGAGAACUAUCUAGCUGUACCACCGCCACCGCCGCCUAAAAUGCAUGUUAAUCAUGAUAACAGAUUUGAAAACAACAAACCCUACAAUCAACGUCCCAUUAUACAUACACAGCCAAUUCAAGAUAUGAAAGUUUUUCUUAAUGUUCAACAUCCAGUACCUAAACAAACAAAUAACGAGCGCAUGCCUCCUAAAGUAACAUCAGAAGUUUACUUUGCAGCUCAAGCACCGAACACUAAAUCGACUUCUACCUAUACUAUUCAGCUACCACCGAAUAAACAACCUACGUUUGGAAGACCACAAGGAAAUCUCCCAAACAAUUAUGCACAAACAAGUAAAAACAAUCAUACAUUCAUCACACCAAUGUCUGGCUUACAGCAAGGUACAGGAUCUCCACCAAAUUUGAAAGUUGAAUCACAAUUUCAUGACAACAGGAAAGACUUAGUUAAAUUUAACGCAGUCCCUAACGUAAGAGACAGGGAUAAAACAAUCCAAAAAGUAAGCUUUACAUCUGGUCCAGUAACUACUCCUGCUUCAUUACCUCAAUUAAAUACUGAUAUACCAAUAGGAAGCAAUAUUGUAAUAACAGUUGAAGAUGAUCCAACGAGGUUUGAAGGUUUACCUAUACAUAGCAAUAAACAACCGAAAAUUACUUACAAUAUCCACGGUAGCGUACCUGAAGUUUUAUUGCAGAAUAACCAAUGGAAUAAAUCACAAGCCGAAAAAGAAUUGACUUACAGCCGUCCAAUAAAUAAUGGUGAUAUUGUCGAAGGACAUUUCAAGAAAGAUGUUUUUCCAUCUAUACCCCCAUCUUUGAAUAGUCACGCCAAUUUCCCUAUGAUAAAUGAUCACAUAAUCACUAAACAUGAGUUUAAUACGAAAAAUACUAACGUGGAUAAUGUAAAAGAUAAAGUGAGACAGCCAAUAAAGCCUCCGACAAAUUCUCACGGUUGGUACUCGGGCUCGUAUUUCAAUGAGAACAAUUUGAAAAACAUAAAUAAUAUACAUGUCGAGGUAACAACCAGAAAAGUUAUACCAAUAUCCAACGAUUAUAAUAGGGACAACAUACCAGAGUUUGGACACAAAAUUGCUAGCAUAGGUAAACCACCAGUUUGGCAAGACAAUCAAGAUUUUACAAGUUAUUUAAGUAUAGGUAAACCAUUUUCUAAAUCACCAGAUUUCAAAAAUUCAAGCACAAGUACCCCAACCUCUAAGGUACUACCUACUCACAGACCUAAUUUACCUUCGAAUAUUGGACCACAUCAACCAGCAUACGAUAUACCAAUAAGAGAUAAUAGUCACGAAACUACAACGAUUAAAAAUAGUAAUAAAUUACAAACAAAUAAGAUUAAGCCUGUUUAUGAAAAUUCAGAGGAAAUAUACGAUGGAGAAGAUGAAUUUGAAAGUAAUGAAAGUGAGGCAGAUGGAGAAGUCAGUUUAGAAUCCAUGAAAGUUCCCGUUAUAACAUCGUCUAGCGAAGCUGAUAAUAUUUCGCACAACUUUGGACCCGUACAUCACAAAGGUCAUGGAUUUGUCCCACAAAAAAGUGUAGACACAAACACAAAAGAAGAUUUUAAUGCGGGCUCCCAAACAGAGAAGCCAUUUGGUUCCUUUAAUAGCAGUCAAGGAUUUAAAUCUAAUGAAAUUAAACAGAUUGAUUACGGUAAAAACCCGUCUAUGAAGCCGAGACCAUUUACCAUGAAUACUGUUAUACCACUUGACCAUCAGCUACAGCAACCACACUGGCAGAUAAAUCAAUUAAUGGAAAAUUCUUCCAACGCAUCAAAUGAAGAAAACCUUGAUUUGAAUAUAGGCGAGGAAAUUGGUACAUCACAAAAGCCGACUCUGGAAACAGAUGUUAAUAAUUAUAAUAAGAAUCGUGAAACAGAAAAAGACUCAAAGAUAACAACAGAGUUAAACAAAACAAAGGUAAAUGAGACCCCAAAUAUCAUAACGUCAACAGUGCAUAUCAAAGAUAGAAAACCUUUAAUAGUAGAAGUAACAGAAAAAACAAGCUUGCCUACCUUUACAAUUAAAAGUGAAUUUAACAAAUCGCAGACGGAUGAUAUCAUUAAUUUAUCACCACCUCCUCCUGCUUUUGAUUUUAAUUUCAAGGUAUCAACAAAGGAUGAAAUUAUAAUGGGAAUGAGUCCACCACCACCAAGAACUCCGUCUCUAGUAAGAGCUACACAACGACCGCCUCUUACUUCUCGACCAAUAUUGCCUCCACGCACACCUCCUCCGUAUAGAACUUUACCGCCCAGAACGUUGCCACCUAGAACGGCGCAACCCAAUAAACGACCUACCAAUAAAGAAGAAAUAUCCACCUACAGGCCAACAUUUGAUGUUAACAAGCUUAUUCGACCAAAUAUUAAUCGCGAUCAACCUUCAUCACAAUUACUGCCUCCUCCAAUAGAUUUACCAUCCAAAACAGUUCAGGUUUCAGAAAUCGAAAUGCAACCACCGCCGGUUAGUGCAUCUUCUUUAAAUUCCAAUUUUGUUUUCCCAACAUCAGUUUCUUCGAGUUGGUUAACUUCAUCUGGUGUAGAUUUCUCAUCGAAAUUCAACUUUGCUCCAACAUCAAUACAUUUCCCUCGUCCUACCAAACCUUCUAUAACCGUAGAAAUAUCUGAAGUAAAUUCAUCCGAAAACCCAGACCACUCAGUUUCUUAUGAAAGCGAACUUUCUAUUGAAAAUGGCGAUAGCUCGGGUUCCGCUGACAUCGUUUACCAAGAUACAACUUCAAAGGAAACAGGUACCGAUAUGAGCUAUGAGUCUUCUGCUUCUUCCGAGGUAUUGGAGAGUCACGAAAAUCAUACUACUUCCUUUGGAACAAAUAAAAAGCAAAAAGACAAAGUAAAGAUUAUUUCUCCGGUACACAGAAAUAGAACACGUAAACCUUAUCCUGUUCGUAAUGAAGACAAAAAGAUAAACACCAGCAAAAUUAAACUGCCAUCUAGACCGUCCAUAAACAUAACGCCGAGUAGGAUUUUGAACAGGCCUGAAAUUUUAUAUCCACCUAGAGUAACGCCAAACCGAAAUGUCGUAAGACCAAUGUCGCCAAGGCCCGUGGUAACUCUGGCGACACCAAUACUAGAGAGCUCUGAGUCCUCAAUUGCGGAUGAUUUUAUCAGACCAACAGAAGUUUUAGAACAAACACAACUACCGUCUUUGCUUCAACCAGUUAUAAACACGUUAAUAGAAAACACUCAAACGCCUACUGCUUCGUUACCUAUCCAAACAAAGAUCUUGAGCAGUCCUAUUCAUCACGCAGGAAAUGAAAUUAAAAUAUCAGAUGACAUAAUUCCAACUAAAACUGAAUUUAAAACUACAGUCGUUACAUUAACGAAGACCUUAUCAGAGCCGCCAAAGACGGUCUCAAGCAUUGGUUAUGUCAACUUAACUCAAACUUUAACAGUGACUCAUACGAAGACAAGUCUCGUGAGCCAAUCAGAAGGAGCCGUAACCCAGACUUUAGUUGUAACAAACACGCAAACAUCUACCAUAGUAGAUGUAGUAACUAAAAUACACACAGAAGUACAACCUACAACUAUCGUAGAGACGGUAACAAAACACAUACCUAUACUACAAGUCCAGCCAACCACUGUUAAAGAAGUUAAAGAAGUGACGAAAACUAAAUUAGCACUGGACGAUAUUUCGAUGUCGUCUGAGGAAAGUGACAACUUCAUAAUAAAAGACGCCGAUACCACAGAAAAUAUUCAAAAGAUCGAUCACGAAGGAGAAAACGAUAAUGACACAUUCUUUGUAGUAAUGAAUAAGUCACAGAAUGGCGGUAAAUCUCCACCAAUGACAGAAAUCGAGACUGGGGAUUAUGAUAUUACGAGAAAUGAGCAAGUGAACAGUAAUGGUGUAUCGCAAGUAUUAUUCGGCGAAAUAUUACUAGCCGGAACACCAUAUUUGGAAACUUCUAACGUUCAUCCUUCUGGAUUCGGUAAAGAAUGUCAACCAGAUUGUAAAGCGUCUAGAAACGAGAGAUGUCAAAGAAUUGACGGUAUGAUGAAAUGUAUUUGCCGACCCGGUUUCGCUAGAAUGUUCCCUGACAGACCUUGUAAACCUACGUAUACAUAUUCCGUGAAACUAGCUCUAAAGACUCAAGGUAAAGAUCGUCUUGUGUUCCAUGAAAGUUUGUCAGAUAAUUCUAGUAAACAGUACCACAAGUUAGCGCUAGCAACUCACGAAGGUAUCAACAGAAUGAUAAUGCAGUCAGAUCUAAGAGAUGUCUAUCACGGGGUACAUAUAUCAGGAUUUUAUCCAGUGGAUAUUACGCCAGCUAAGGGAGAAAAAUAUCAAGGAGUCGUAAAUGAUUUCUAUGUUCAGCUCUCCGACAACGCUCAUGAAAGCAGAUUGAAAGAAGUAAUUGAGAAAUACUUGAGGAACAACAACUACAGUCUCGGAGGUACUGAUGUGUUUGCGGCUGGUGAAUUGAUGGACAAAUUGGAUGUUAGCGAUUUCGACGAGUGUGUAAGCGCGCAGUUCCACGACUGUUCGGAGCACGCUCGCUGCUUCAACCUGCGCGGGACAUACACUUGCAGCUGUCUGGAAGGUUAUGGAGAUCUCAGUGUCAACCCACUGUACCCCGGAAGGAUAUGCUCAGCGGAGCCUGUGGGAUGCGAGCGCUGCAACUACCACGGCGCAUGCUACUCGAGAGACGACCAGCGCGUGCUCUGCGAGUGCUUCCAGUGGCACGCCGGUGCUUCAUGCCAGAUUAACCUUAAAGUGGUGUUGAUAUCUCUGGUGGUGUGCGGCGCGCUGCUGUCGGCGGUGCUGGCGCUGUGCGCGGCGCUGGCGUGCCGGCGCGGGCCCGCGCGCCCCGCGCACCCGCCGCACCCGCCGCGCUCCAUCGUCGCUUGCAUACAGGGCAUGCCCAGCCUGCACCAGGGUGCAGUUCCAUCGAAGAAGCGAGCGGACAAGCGGGCGCUGAUACCGGAGCGGACGGAGUCGGGCGACGCGUCUAGUGUACAGAACGCGUCCUUGCCAUAUUUACCAUCUAAGCGAGCCUCAUCCAGCAAGAAGUUGGUGAUGUCGGCCCCCCCCGCGCACGCGCCGCCGCCGCCCCCGCCCGCGCCCGCCGUCGUCAUCCCCCGCGCGCGUCUGCACCCCCACCACUCCGACAGCCGUGACAACCUCGCGAGGAAGAAAAGCUUGGAAUUAAGUAGUGAAGCCAAACUCAUCAGCUACCUGGAGUCAGGAGCUACCAACACUAAUAAUGAAAUGAGAAGAAAACACAGUUUAGAAUCAUCUUACAGUGCACAGAAAGAUCGACUUAAUACACAAGGGGCAUUAAUAUCAGCCGGGUUCAAAGUAUCAACAACAAUUCGUCCUGAUGAGACAAUGGAACGUGACAGGAAUGACAGGGAUGACAUGUCAUCGGUCAACAAGACCGACAUAGAUGGAGAACUUUCUAGAUUCAGCACGCUGAGGAAAUCUUAUAGUCAAGAAGAUUUAUCAGAAUGGACGGACGCUGAACGAAGAAUUGGAGAAUUGACUCUGUCGGAGGCGCGGUCCGUGGGCGGCACGCUGCCCGCCAGCACGGGCAGAGCGGCCAGUUCCACCAGAAUGACACACCAGGAGGCCAACACGAUGGCGGAGCGCGACCUCGGCUCCACCUUCCUCCUCCCGCACGUGCACCUCUAUAAACCUGACCUUACGAGCGACGUUUCGGAAUUUGAUUCCUUGUGAAGAUAAGAAAUAUUCAAAAUAUUAACUAUUCGUUAUUUAUGAAGACUUGGCAGAUUGGAUAUUAGGUACAAAAUGUACUUUCAAUAACUACCACCUAAAUUAUUUAUUUAUGUUAAAUUUGUUGUAAUGUUUUUUGUUUCGUCAUAUAACAAUAACAAAAAUAAUGUCUAUAAAUGCCAUAAUAAUGUAAGAAAACCUAGUUUUUUAAGUACAAGUAUGAAAAUAAUUUGAAAAAGAAAUCGUUUGUAAAUUUUAUUAGUCCUUAUACGAUUUCUUUUUUUAAAAAGUUUUCAUACAUUCAACUGUUUCUUGUUAAAAAGAACAUUAUUUAUUUAUUUUAAUAUAGCUGUUACUCGCGACUUCGUUUCCGUGAAAUUUAAAAAAACAAUAAAAUAUAGCCUAUGUUACUCGCAGAUAAAUUACUUUUCGAAUAGUAAAAGAAUUUUAGAAAUCGGCUCAGUAGUUUUUGAGUUAUUUCAAUAUAUACAAAAAUACAAAUCUUUCCUCUAUAUAAUAGUAUAGAUAGAGAAGAGGUAUGGCCGAAAUCAAUACUUGGUAAUUAAACGAAAAUGGUUCGUAAUUAUAAUCUAAUACGAAACAUUUUCGCUUAUUCGAGACUUUUAAAGAAGCAUUACAUGACAUAAUGUAUGGAAUGCAAUAGUAAUAAAAUAAUAUAAGCCUAUUGUCAAUUGUCAAAAUAAUAAGUGGUAGUGCCCGCUUUAGCAGUGCAGGGCCGGCACGCCCGGUGUAAUACCACGACCACACAGAAGACAGGCGUCAAAUGGAAGCAAUUCCGUGUUUCGUCUGAUGAGUGUGGUGCCGGAGGCCUAAUUUAAGUCCCUUUCCUUUCCACCCUUUUCUUACGAGGAAAGGAUGGGAAGAAAAAAGUGGAUUUGACGGUAGAGGAGGCGCAUAUGACGGGGAAGUUCCUCCUUUAUGUGCGUCUCCUCCUCCGUCGUUACGGGUAGGCAACGCAUCUGCAAUUGCAGAUGUCUAUGAGCAGCGGUCGCUUCGCCAUUUUAGCGGAUUCAGGUGGCCGCUUGCUCGUUUGCCACCUUGUAAUAUAAAAAAAAAUAAUAAAGAAUGUUUCAUGUCAUUUUCAAUAUAUUUUCAUUUAUCAUUUUGACAAUUGACUUGAAGAUUUAUUUCGGCCGUAACAAGAUGAAUACAGAAGAGAAGAGAUGUAUACAGAAUGUAAGUACAACUGAAUUUGAAGUUGUAAGUGAUUGUAUUGUGGAACAGAGGCUCAAAUGCAUUUAUAACUUAGACUAGUCUUAGUAACUUAUUUUUAGAUACCACUUGUAAUGGUUUUAAGUAUUUGAGAUAAUUUAAAAAAUUACGUAUUUUUCAAAACUCAUAAUUAGAUUUAAUUUUUACAUUUUAAUAAAAAAAGUUCUCAAUUUUUUGCAAAGUCGUUUUAAAAUUUUUUUUUCUUUAUCCCAUUAAAGUUUAAUGGUCACUUAAAUAAUCCUUUUUUCAGAUUAUUAAGGUUUUUCAUAUAUCUUGAUGUAAUUAAAACUAUUUGUGUACAAGUGCCAAUAAUUAGAUUAAUCUAAAUGAGAACACGUCAAUAAGAGUGGUAAUAAUUUAUAAACUAUUUUAGUCUGUGUACAAAAGUAAUUUAUUUUUAAUUUAUGAUGUAAGCACUGUAAAGCUUUUAGUCCUAUUUAUUUGUGAAUUACAUUUUUAUUAAAAGUAUA